CAAACCACGCUCACUAGAGAGUUGAUCUUGAGAUUUGGAAUAUUAAUAUUUUUCUGUUUUAUUUCGAAUUUAAUAAGUUCAUAUUUUGUUUAAUUUCUUUUUAAAUUGUGUUUUCUUUUUUAGCUUUGCUGUUUGAUGUAAAUUUGCGCUUUAUAUACCGAUAUAAAUAUAUAUUGUGUUUUUCUUCUUCUAAAUUUGGAUUUUACAGUGCUUAUUCAUUCCGGGGACGGAUCAAGAAGAUGGCAGGAACCAGAGAACUCAGAAGCAGUCGGGCGAAGGAAUGUGCAAUACCCUUUGAUGUCGCUAAGGAGGAGGCCCUGAGGUACAUCAUCCUAGGAGAAGAUAAGCCAGGUUGCUCUGUAAAAGAAGUGGAUCCGUUUAUAGGAAAAGGGUUGUAUGCAGAAAAGGAGUAUCGCAAAGGUGAAUUUAUCGUGGAAUAUUCCGGAAAACUUUUAAUCAGGAGCGACGGACUGGAGCGAGAGAAAUCCUACCCAUUAAAGAAAGGAAGCUACAUUUACUUCUUUGCUUGGGACAGUAAGAAGUACUGUUUAGAUGCUACAAAUUCAAAACGUCAAGGAAGAUAUGCCAAUGAUGCAGCUUCUGGAGAUGUUCUGCGGAAUGCAGUAAUGAAAUGUGUACCAAACAACAGAUUGCCUUAUUUGGCUCUUUUUGCUUCAAGGAAUAUAGGUGUAGGAGAAGAAGUUAGAUAUGAUUAUGGAGUUAAAGACCUUCCCUGGAGGAAACAGAUUGAGAAACCCCCAGUGGUUUUUGUUGAGAAAAUUGAAAAGAGUUUAGUUUGGCAGCAGACUUCAUGUUCAUCUCCUCCCUCUGGGGAUUCUAGGGAAAUACAAAGGACUGAAGGAGUUGAUGAGAAAUGUGAAAGUGGCAAGCAUAGCGUAUCAUCUGCCCCUUUUCCUGUUGUUCUGCCUAAGGUGAAAAAAUGCUCAGUUGUGCUUCAGAGAAUAUCAGAAAACAUCUAUGAAAAAUUCUUGCAUGGUGAAAAAAGUGCCAUCAUUGAAGACUUAAGCAAACUGGCCAAUGAUCUUACACCAGAAAAAUUGUUGGUUGAGAAAAACUGUGCUUCACCGGAGUCGAUUCAUCCUGUUUGUGAUGUGUCCAAGGAGGUGGAUACUCAGGAUGAAGCGGUGAAUGCAGAAGGUGAAAAAAGUUCCAUCAUUGAAGACUUAAGCGAACUGGCCAAUGAUCUUACACCAGAAAAAUUGUUGGUUGAGAAAAACUGUGCUUCACCGGAGUCGAUUCAUCCUGUUUGUGAUGUGUCCAAGGAGGUGGAUACUCAGGAUGAAGCGGUGAAUGCAGAAGAUGGAAACAGCAUUGAUUUUAUCAAAUGUGGUAGCUGCAAAGGAAUUUUCAGCAGCAUCAAUCUUUUUUUGGAACACAAAAAGAAUUUAUGUGGUUUAAAUGGAAAUCAAUGCUUGACUGAGGAGAAAGCAGAUUUGGUUGCUGUCAUGGGAAACUUCCAUCAGUCAUCCCCAGAAAUAUUUAAACAUGAAGCAGCUGGUACUCAGUGUACAAGCAAUUGCCUCACAGCUAUUGUAGCUGGAUACCUUAAAAACGUUGAUAGCUGGGAAUCAGAAUUCAUAGACCAAAUUUUAGAAGGGGGUGAUAAAGUUCACCUCAGUGUUCUCCAAAAGAAGCAUUGGCCAUUCCAAAGACAAGAGUCAAGACUAGACAUUGAUGAAUUGCCUGAAAAAAUUGAGUGUCAGAUUGGCAAUCAUGAAGUAGUUGCAAGUGUAGGAGUCCAUGAGCCUUUGUUUGGAAUGUCUUCAUACAUUGAUACAUUAGUUUCAUCUGCAAUCAUUGACAAGCCCAAUCAAAGUUUUAUAUUACGAAUGUUUGACGUUUGUAUUGCAAUACUUCCAAGGAAUUAUCGUCAGUAUUCCAUAUUUGAUCCACAUUCAAGGAAUACUGAUGGCUUUGUUGAUGCCAAUGGAUCUGCAGGGCUGUUUCAUUUCAAAAGUCUUGCAGAAACUGUGAAAUACCUUAAACUUGUAGCAGCAGGGAAAAGUGGUCAGAUUGAUCUUUACCCUAUAUCGGUAAAAUUGCUAAGGUCUGGGGCAAAUGAAGAAAUCUUCAGGGAGGAAAUUUGCCACAGCAGUGACAAUGAUGAAGCACCAGAAAGUCUUGAAGAUUUAGAACAGAGCAAGACAAAUCUAGGUGAAACAAGACAAUCCAUGAAGAAAAGCAGGCCUAAGAGACCAUGCCCUUUUUGUGAUACCUUAGCGUCAAGGUUGAGUGAUCAUAUUGCACGACGUCAUAAAACUGAGGAACGUGUCAUAAAUGCAUUAUCACUUCCAAAAAUACUAAAAGAUCGAGAGUUUGAAAAAUUUAAAAAGGAGGGAAUUCUAAAGGCAAAUUGUGCUGUCCUUUCACAGACAAAUCCUGAUUUUACUCAACUUUUACAUGAAAGAAAGGCUAUUAAAAGUGAGGAAUCAGUAAUGUGUUCUCUUUGCAAAGGUUUUUAUAGCAAGAGAAGAAUCUCUAGACAUAAGAAAAGAUGUGUUGCAGCAGAAGGAACGACUGAAUAUCCAUCAUCAUGCAAUGUGAGACUUCUGAAGCCUGAUCCAGGUUAUUCUGACAAUUAUAGACAAGAGAUAUUGGAAUGUUUUCAUGCCACUGAAGUUGGAAAUCUUAUCAGAGAAGAUGCCUGGAUAAAAAGAUAUGGAUUUCUUAAAUUUCAAAAUUUCAUGGGCACAGAGAAGAGGGAAGAAAAACGAAGAUCGCUUAUGUCUAAUCUUAGGCGACUUGCCCAUCUUUUCUUGGAAUUCAAGAAAGUAAUGAAUAAAGAAAAUCCAUCCAUCAGUUUGAACUCUUGUAGGGAAAUGUUUAAUCGAGAUUACAUGCUUCAAAUUCAAACUGCUAUUAUAAAUAUUACUACACAUGUAGAUAAUACAGUAAAGGUUGGUUUGAAGGUUUCUCUACGUUACCUUAUAACAGACAUAUGCAGAGUUAUGAAAGCUAAUUAUUACCUAGCAAGAGAAGACCAAGAAGCUGAAGAAAUGAAUAUAUUUAUUGAAGUGUUACAAGUUGUCUGGCCAUCAUUUUUUGCUAGUGCAGAGGAAUCCAUUAUAAAAAAGAGGCAUACUGUCUCUAGGAAGCCAGUAAGGUUGCCAAGUGAAGAAGAAGUAAAAACGCUCAGGAAUUUUACUAAAGAAGCAAUUGAAAAGUUGUCAUCAGAUGUUUUCAAGUAUAUGGAAUUUAAUAAAUUUACCCAGUUAAGAGAUGCUGUGGUUUGUAGAUUAACAUUGUUUAAUGCAAGAAGGGGAGGUGAGCCAAGUCGCAUGACUUUGAAAGACUGGGAUGAUGCCCUGAAUGGGGUAUGGGUAGAUCCAUCCAAAGUAGAGAAGGUUACAGAUGAAAUUGGGAAGAAAUUGCUGUGUGAAACAAAAAUUGUUUAUAUACAAGCAUCAAAAGUGGCAAAACUUGUGCCUCUUCUAAUACCAAAAGACUGUUGGGAGGCCAUAAAAAUUCUUACUGAUGUUGAGGUUAGAAGGCAGGCGAAUAUUAAUGAAAGAAACAUAUUUAUUUUUCCAAGUAUAAAUCACUCUUUAAACCAUUGUACUGGAUGGAUCUGUGUCACUAAUGUGUGUAAAAAAGCAGGAUUGAAACGAUUUAUUACUGCAACAGAUAUGCGACAUUAUAUAGCCACAGUGUACUCGCUUUUGGAUGUAUCCUCAGCAGACAGAGAAAUGUUCUACAAACAUCUGGGACAUUCAAGAAAUAUUAAUGAAAAUGUGUAUCAAUGUCCACCUGCUGUGAGAACGAUAACUACUGUUGGGAAGUUUCUCAGUUCUUUGGAAAGCAGCAUUGGAGAGGAAUUAUCAGUGGAUGAUGAAAAUCAACCUGGCCCGUCUUCAGAAUCAGGUUCCUUAAAUUUGAAGGAGUCAGAGGGAGCUAAAGGUCUUACUCAGUCUGAAGCAGUUGAAGUCUUCCUAUGUGAAAUGGCCCAAGAAGUCCCGAUUACAGAACUCUUUGAUUUAUCAAGACAAAUUCAGGAGGAAGAAGUAACUGUUGAUCCAGAGAUUUUGCAAGAGAGUAGAGCCUUGAUUUUGAAAAAAGAUGUUCAAGAGUGUGCACAGCAGUACUUUACUGAAGAUGCAUGGCUUGUUGCAGAAAAUACCAUAAAGAUGCUUGAAGAAUCUGAGAUGUCAAGGCAGUCAGAAGAAGGGACUUCCAGAGGACAGACAAAACAAUCCAAGAGGAAAUUACCCAUUGACCAUACUUCAAAAAGCAAGGUUCCAGGGCCUAGUAGAGAGAAAAUUUCCAAAAAUUUAAGUGAUCCUGACUUUGUUCAAAUGCAUGAUGACUCUUCUGAUGAAUCCAGUAAAGAAAGUGAAGAUUCUGAAGAUAUGGAGUCUCUGAAUGGAAAAAAGGUAUCAAAAGCAUGUAGAAAGCAUACCUGGCUUCCACAAGAGGAUAGAGCAAUAAAAGAUUUUUUCAAAGAGGACAUCAAUGAAUUUUCAAAGUCGGGAAACCAAGGAUCACUACAUGGAGUGACAAAGAAGAUACGCAGAUUUAUUUCGAAAUAUCCAGAUGUUUUGAAGGAGUAUCCAGAUAAAGACAAAGUCCACAAGAUUCGUACCAAAGUGAUAAAUCUUAGAAGACAAAGUCGGGGGAAGUAUGAGAAAAACAUGGUGAAACUAACUCGAUAGUCAGAAAACAAAAAGUUUCAUACAACUUUCUCACAUUUUUGUCUUUAUUAUUUAUUUUAAAUUUUGGAAUAGGAAUACAAGAUUAGCUGUACUUAAAGCUAAACUUUACUGUCAAAGAUAAAGGACACAGCAGCCACGUCUUAGAGGUCAUUAUAUUAAUUUAUGCAAGAAAAUUUCCAUCACCUUUAAACUUGAAAAGUUCAUCAAUGCAAACAAACCUUUCCAAAAAUUUUUAUUCUUCAUAUAAAUCGACCAAUACUUUAAAAAUAAGUACAUGUAGGAAGUAUCAUUUCAUAAAUUACAUACCGUAUUUUUUGGAUUACAGGUCGAUGGGUUAUAUAGGACAAAAGGCUCAUUUUUAGCCUUAAUUUUUGAAAAAUCCUUAGAUAGGACGAACUUACUAUAUAGGACGAGGCUUUUUUAUCCAUUUUCCAAAGAAUUUUAUGCAGAUACAAAGUAUGAGAACAUGUAAACCUGUAAAAUUACCUGAAUAAAUCAGUGACAUGAACGUAUCAAGAAAAUAAACUGGUAUUUUAACAAGUACAGCAUUUAAAUAAAGUUUUAUGUAAAUGUAGUAUAAACCUUCCAUCUGUGUUUUGUGUUUUGCAACAUUAAAAACUGACAACUUCUGUCAAGAUUCCAAAGAUGACCAAAGUCAGAACUAGAUUUAUACAUACAGGAUAUUUCCUCUUUAUUUCUACACUGGUCCAUACACUACACUCAAUUUUAAUGAAGCCAAAGGCUGGAAAAGCUAAUGUAAGGGCAAUUAAUGUGCUGUGCAUGAACUUAACGAUAUGGAUCAUAACUCAAAGAUUAUGAAAUAACACAAUUAAAUUCGAAAGAUGGUAAAUAUUAAGGUAAUGGUGGAGUGGUAAAACCUUUGUUACUGUUACACACACUACACUCAAUUUUCAACCUUGACACAUAUAUAUACAAAUGACAUUGUACAAGUUUUUUUUCUUUAUUCAUUUCAAAUAUAUAUCCCUCUUUAUCUCACACCAACACAUUAGCAUUUACUGCUCCAGAAAUAUUCACUUUUCUUUUAGCAUUAACAGAAUUAAUGACCAUUAGCACUAAAUCUUCCAGUAUAUAUAAGAUUCAACUGUAUGUAAAGCUAAACUACACUUUAAAAUACAACAGUUUAACAUCUAAGAUUCUUGGACAACAUUGCAUCUUAUUGAAGAAAAUUCUUUCAAUUUUUAAAACUGCAAAAAUUUAGAAAUCAAUCAUUUUUUUCUUAUUAAAGAUUCACCAUAACAUUAAGCGUUAGAAAGUUGUGCAAACAUCCUUUGCAUUAGAAAUCUUACCUAACCAUAAGAACAUUAAAUACUAACAUCCUUAUCAUCCAAUGCACUAUAGAAAAGAAAUUUGAGCAUGAAUUACUCUGAGUUUCUUUAAUAUUUUCACAGGUUAGUAAACUGGUGUUGGUGGAGUGGUAGUACCUUUGUUUUACACUGGUCCACACGCCACACUUUAUUUUCAACCUCUGCCAAAUCUUAGAUACAAAUGACAUUAUAUCAUUUUUUUUCCUUGUUUGACUCCACAAUAUAUUCUACUUAUUCUGACACCACAAUAGUAUAUUCUACUUUUUCUCACACCACAAAAUUUUCGACCUCUGCCAAAACUUAGACACAAAUGAUACAAUAUUAUGUUUUUCCUUGAUUGACUCCACAAUGUAUUCUUAUUCUCACACCACAGGAUUUUCAACCUCUGCCUAAUCUUAGAUACAAAUGACUCUUUAUCAUUUUUUUCCUUGUUUGACUCUACAAUAUAUUCUACUUAUUCUCACCCCACAGUAUCUUUGACCUCUGCCAAAACUUAGAUACAAAUGACACUUUAUCUUUUUUUUUCCUUGUUUGAUUCCACAAUUUCUUUUACCAAUUCGCACAUCACAGCAACAUAUUCUACUUAUUCUCACACCACAAUAUCUUCAACCUCUGCCAAAACUUAGAUACAAAUGACACUAUAUCAUUUUUUUUCCUUGUUUGGCUCCACAAUAUAUUCUAGUUAUUCUCAUGCCACAACAUGUGAAGCUUACUACACCACAAAUCUGAACUUACCAUUAAGCAAGGUUUACACCACAAUACAAUCUCUUGAAUUGAAAACAAUACUAGAAGAUCAAACCAACAUAUUUUUGAUUAUUCAUUUUUCUGGUUUAAAUACAAGCCACCUAACAAAAAUCAAUAGACACUUUUGUUAAUAUAAUUCACACAGCAGAUAUAAAGUUACCAUACACACUUUUACUUCUUACAUCCUUAUUAUCCGAUGCACUAAAGAAAAGAAAUUUGAGCAAGAAAUACUUUGAAUAUGUUUUAUAUAUUUUCCUAGGUUGGUAAAUAAGGUGUUGGUGUAGUGGUAGUACCUUUGCUUUACACUGUUCUAUUAUACACACCACACUCAAUUUUCAACCUUAACACAUAUAUUUUCAACCUUGACACAUAUAUACAAAUGACAUUGUACAAGUUGUUUUCUUUAUUUCAUUUCAAAUAUUUAUCCCUUUUUCUCUCACAGCAACACAUUAACAUACACUACUCCAGAAAUAUUCACUUUUCAUUUAGCAUAAACUGAAUUAAUAACCCAAUAGCACUGAACCUCCCAAUUUAAAUAAGAUAAGCUAAACUCCACUUUAAAAUACAACAGUUUUACAGCCAAGCUUCUGGACAACAUUGCAUCUAAUCAAAACAUUUUUUUUAGUUUUCUCAUUAAAAUAGCAUCAUUAAAUAAAGCAUUAGAAAUUGUGUUAACAUCCUUUGCAUUAGAAAUCUUACUAAACCAUAAGAACAUUAAAUACUAACAUCCUUAUCAUCCAAUGCACUAUAGAAAAGAAAACUGAGCAUGAAUUACUCUGAGUUUCUUAUAUAUUUUUCAGAGGUUGGUAAGUAAGGUGUUGGUGGAGUGGUAGUACCUUUGUUUUACACUGGUCCACACGCCACACUCAAUUUUCAACCUCUGCCAAAAUUUAGAUACAAAUGACACUAUAUCAUUUUUUUUCCUUGUUUGACUCCACAUUAUAUACUUCUUAUUCUAAUACCACAGCAAUAUAUUCUACUUAUUCUCACACCACAGCAUUUUUAACCUCUGCCAAAACUUAGAGACAAAUGACACUAUAUCAUUUUUAUUCCUUGCUUGACUCCACAAUAUGUUUUUCUUAUUCUCGCAUCACAGCAAUAUAUUCUACUUAUUCUCACACCACAGCAUUUUUAA